GAGGUCCGGGGGCGGGGAUAGAGGACAGGGAUGGAGACUGGCUCCCAGAUUGGGAGGGGGAUCAGCAACGCGGGAGAAUAACGCCCAGGAGCCUGGGCAGCGCAGCCCCAGAUUCCCUGGCAAGCCCGGCAGUCUCGAAAAGCAGGGGUUGGAUUCUCCCUUCUUUGAAGAGUUCGCUGGAACUUUGGGGGAGGAGAGAGCCACGGAGUCGGUUCUACCGGCGUCGGGCGCUGAAGGGUGAGAAGGGACGGCAGCAGCAGCAGGUCUCGGUGCUGUCACGCUCCCGCCCACGGGCGGGCUCUGGGUGCUCUCGGCGGGUCCGCGGGGCGCAGGCGAGGGCCGCGGGCAAAGCGCACGGGCCAGGAUGGAGGGACUGGUCCUCCUCAACGCCCUGGCUAGCCGGUUGCUAUUCGUGCUGCACUCGCUGGUCGGGGUCUGGCGGGUGACCGUGGUGAAGAAGGAGCCGCGGUACUGGCUGCUUGCGCUGCUCAACCUCUUGCUGUUCCUGGAGACUGUGCUCACCCUCAAGUUCAAGCGCGGCAGAGGCUACAAAUGGUUUUCACCAGCCAUAUUUUUUUAUCUGACUAGCAUCGUUCCAUCAUUAUGGCUUCUUGAAUUGCAUCAUGAGACCCAGCAUUGCAGUAUCCAAUCAGAAGGGGUGCCACAGAAUACCAGUGUAAAAGAAGACUUCAAUCAAACACUGACAUCCAAUGAACAAACCAAUGGAGCAGAUGAUCUCAUUGAAACGGCCAAAGUUUUUGUAAAUAACUUAUCUACAGUAUGUGAGAAAGUUUGGACUUUGGGACUCCAUCAGACAUUCCUGUUAAUGCUAAUAAUCGGAAGAUGGCUUUUACCCAUUGGAGGUGGGAUCACUCGAGACCAGCUCUCUCAACUCCUUCUUAUGUUUGUGGGGACAGCCGCUGACCUACUGGAAUUCACAAGCGAGACUCUAGAAGAACAAAAUGUGAGGAAUAGCCCUGCACUAGUCUAUGCCAUCCUUGUUAUAUGGACUUGGAGCAUGCUACAGUUUCCACUUGACCUGGCAGUACAGCAUUUUGUGUGCCCCUUGUCUGUGACAGCAAGGGGCUUCCUCGGCCUGUUCUUCUGCCAGUACAGCGCAGAUCUGUGGAACAUUGGAAUAAGCGUCUUCAUACAAGAUGGUCCCUUCCUUGUGGUACGUCUCGUACUGAUGACCUAUUUCAAGGUGAUCAAUCAGAUGCUGGUGUUCUUUGCUGCGAAAAAUUUCCUCGUGGUGGUGUUGCAACUCUACCGUUUGGUGGUGCUGGCAUUGUGUGUCCGUGCUUCCUUGCAAAGUCAGUCAGAAGGCCCAAAAGGAGAAUACAUCUGCCCGGGGCAGACCUCUGAGAGUGGGCUCUUCCCCCAGGACUGGCAGAGCGAUUCUAAGGAUGACCUGGAUAUUCCUCUGCAGGCCUCCCCAGUCACCUCCGAUGACUCCCACCUCACACCAUAGCUCAUUUUUCAAAGUGGCACACUUUCUGGUUCUUCUUACAAACAGGAUCCUUCCCUCCCCUGCACCCCCAACCUUGGUAUGUAGUAAUUUUCAAAAGAACAACAUAAAAAGUCAUCUUCAACCAAAGCCAAGGAAUUUUCUUUCUUAAACCGAAUGGAAGGAACCUUGAUUAGUGGCUGUUGCUACAACUUCCGUGUAACGGUAUCAGAUGUUGUCAUUGUUCAACGACUAAGUGAUUUGUUUGUCUUGAACUGUUUGAAAAGCUAUGGACAGGGUUAGAGUGACAUGCCCUCGAAAGAUUUAGCGCAGACAAACUGUCGCGGCUGUUACCUGAAAAUAGAGACGCUUUGAACUUUGGCUCCAUUGUCAGACUAUCUCGUCUGAUCUUUUCUGCAAUGUCCCUCUGACAUCAAAAAAUGUACAUUCAGUGAAUGCAGAACAAAUGAAGGGAAAAGUGCCUUUAAAAUUACCUCACUGUGGGCUGGAAGCAGCGAAACUCUUUGCCCAGCUUCCGUGUCAUAGAGAGCCCUAUUCACCGCUGCACAAGCCUUCCCAGGAAAAUCAUUUUUCUGGGCUGAUGUGGUAUUCUGUCAUGGCGCAUAUGCUCUUACAGAAAUUUUAUUGCUUUUGGCUUGAGUACUACAAAAUUCACAGCAAGCCAUUUCGGUUACAUAUCUGCUGGUGGCAAGGCAGGAAAUACUGGUGAAAUGCUAGCAAAGUCACAAUUUCCACUCUGAACAUGAUUUGCAGUGUUCCUCAGUAUUUUUCUGAACCCUAUUUUACCAUUUUCUAUAUUGCCAAGUCGAAUCAUGUGGGCUGAUGCAGAGAAGCUCUGAAGCAGUGAAUAAAGGUGUUCCGGGCCCUGUAAGUGUUACCAUGGUUUCUGGUGUCUGCCAGCAGUAGCGAACAAAGCUGCAGCUCCUCUGAACCGCCACUCCUGGAGGCGGCCUUUGGUCUCAGAGAACAUGGUGAUGGAGAUUGCAUCAGCUACACCCACGACCAACAGCCCUUGAUGAGUGACAGAGGUUGGAAUAUGCCACGGCAUUGUGGAAAUCAAUCAAUCCGCUUUAUUUUCCUGCACUAACACUUCAUUUUCCCAGUAUUGCAAUAGCCAUACUUUCCCUUAACAUACCUCUCUCCUUUUCAGAUGAAGGUGAUUCAGAACCUUUUUACGUGAUUUUUUGCUUUUAAAGAUACAGUGGGAACAUUUGCUGAGGUGCAUAGCAGUAAUUACAUGAGGCAAACAGUUCCAAAACUGUUCUUUUAGGUUUAAAAGCCUAAUUCCUCCUGUGUUAGUAAGCUCAGGAAUUCAAAGGGACAUUUAAGACAGGGUAUGCUCUUAAUUGGAUAUAGCUUAUUGGCAAGCACUUAAGACAAUUUUAUCUGUAAAUUUCUGUGUGACAUGGUAUCUAUUCAAAACAUUUGAUACAAAGUUUUAUAGACAAAUUCUGUUUUUAUACAGAGUAAUGCAUAUUUUCCGAUAAAUGGCUUUUUCAGGGCCAUUCAGUUAUAUGUUUUUAUUUCUUUCUUCCUUGUGUUUCUAUUUUUAACAGUAUAAUGAUUGUAAAAUGACACAUGAAACUAGUGGGAUACAUUUAUAAUUAUCCAUAAUAAUUUUAUAAAAGUUAAGAUCAGGCAAUUAUAUUUAUAUGAAGUAAAGAACUUGACAGCUUUUAAGGGCAUGUUAUUUAAAACACUUAGCAAUUGAAAGCAAAAUAAUAACUGCUAUUUAUAAAAAUGCCUCAGCAGAAUCUGUUUUUAUGUUGACUGCUUUAUGUUGAAUAUUUCCUUCCACAACAUAUAUGUGCUGCUUAUUAUUGCAGAUUUGCUCAUGGCAUAUUUUUCAUGUUUUAAUUUUUUUUCUUCCAGCAAAAUAAACAUUAAGCCUCUAAAAAUAGAUAAAGUAUAAAGUAGUACGGCUGUUGCAAAGAUAUUUUUAAAUGCUUUCAAAUCUGAGACUUGGCUUGGCUUCAUGAAUGAGUUUCUGGUUUUUAAAUAAAGUAUUUUGUAAUUAGCACUCCUCUGAAGGCCUGAGAAAUAAGAAGUCUGUCCAAAGUCUGGCUUUAUUUAGAGUACUAGGAAGCCAAAGAGCACCUAGGACCAUCUCGCCAAAUAAUGCUGGCAAAAAUAGACACAUGUUCUGCAAGGUUUUCCAGGAAAAUCUGCUCAAGGCAGCAUUUGUUAACCUAACUGCCAGUACUCCCAUUGCCUUAGACUGGCUGCUUUUACAGUAGAAAAAAGAAAUCUGUAUUCAUUUAGUUUAUUUGAAAAGAUUCCUAAGUCUAGGUUAUAGCCAUCCCUAGGACUCCGAUGAAAGUUAAAAAUCUAUUCAGUUAAUUAUAUGUUUUUAGCAUAGACUGAUAAACAUUGUAAUGUUUUGAAUCAUACAAGUGUUUGUUAUAAAGUAGCUGGAUCAUCAUUUACCUCCCAUAUGUUGACAUCCUGGGACUAGUUUACAUUUUAUUUCUCAUAAGAUUACUGACUCACAUCAUCUGUAUAAUAUGAUACAAGCCAUUCUCUCUGCCAUGCCUCCCCUCCCAGACACACAUCAGGCCAAUGCCCAACAACUGAAGAAAGUGGCUUAUUUGAGGUGCUGUUGCUAUUAUUGCCAUUGCUAUUUAACUGCUUGAUUAAGGCGCCAUCAAAUGGUCUACCUAAAAACACAUUAUUCCACAUGUGAGAAAACACAGUGUACCUGUUUUAAUGAUACUGUGCAGAAACAUAUCUCAUGGCCAUCAUGUGGGUUUUCUUGGCCUUACUGGGGGAGUCCCAGAGAACAUGACUUGACUUGAUAAGAUUAUUCAACCACAAUUCUCUUUGAUUAUCCUUUAAUUUUUAUUUAAGCUGUAAUUGCGAGCAUAAGAAAAUAAAAUUUUGAACUGGCCAGUAACAUUCUUUCUAAUGUUCUAAUGAAGAAUCCGAAAUUUACUCUUGGCUUUGUUGUAGUUCCAUGAACACACAGCAUUAUAAAACCAUAAAGAUAUAGCAAAGAAAUACCAGGAUUCACUAUUGUAAUACUAAUUGUUAACUCAUUAUUUAACAGAAAUUUUUCAAAGCUCUGGAAAGGUAUGCAUUGAAGGUGUACAUGCUUUUUCACCCAGGAUUCAAAGUUGAAUGUUGACUCAUCGUCUUUGGCAUUUAAUCUUAAUGAUUCUUAACAAGCUCUGCUAGUCAAAGAGAGAAAGAAUUUCAAAGGCCAGGCCUGUAUCCGACUCAGCUCUUCUCUGGUGCCAAGAGAGAUGUUGAACUAUACUGCCGAGGCUUAGAGAUGCAAGAGAAAAACCAAACUGUCUUGAAUUACCAGGGAAAAGGAGACUGUAGCUUAUUUUCUAAUUUCAGACUUUGCUUUUUACUUAGUGGACAUUCUGAUCCACUCUCAGAAACAUCUGAUUAAGGGUUAAACCAGGCAGCUGGAGGAUGUUUACGAUUUUGAGGCUUCAAAUAACUUUCCAUAUGAUGGGAGUACUCUAAACAAUGUUUGAAUAAUUAACUGUUACAGCCUUAUAGUUCAUGAGUAUCCAUCCUCUGAAUCUUUCUUGCUAGCAUACUGUAUAAAAAUAUUUUCUCUACAGUGUUUAUAUUUAUACUAUUUUACUAUGAAUGACCUUUGUAUUUUAUUAUGCAUAUUAAAUAGUGUGUGCA